AUGGAUACCACUCAUUGGUUUAGCACCUGCACUAGCAGCAUUGGUUGCGAAUGUUUCCUUGAACGGGCGGAUCAGGUAGUGCCGGUUGGCGAGCGCGAUGACAGGGGAACCGGACACGAAUGGACGAUUUAUUUCAGAUUCUCUCAUCGCCGGCGGACGUCUGGUGUUAAGCCUUUGGGAUUCGAAAGAUUGGCCCGAGGCUCAUCCCAUGAACGGCAGCUUGUGAAAGCGGGCCGAGAGUGGCGGUGGAACAUGGCGGCCCACGCUUCGCCUGGUAUGACUCUCAUCGAAAUCGGAUGUCAAGUUCACGACAGUGUCGGCGUGUUUGCCAUGGAUCGUGUUGUAUUUUUUCUUUUCAAAUUCUCCGAGCGCUGCGAUGCCGUUGGUCUACUCUCGAACCAAUUCGAGGCCAACCCACCCCUCCAUCGCAACAACUCAAAACUCUUCGCCGUAUCUGAGAGUUUUACAACAGUGGGAUCGUGGCGGUUCAGGAGUGACACAAGGGUCGACGGUGCCGUCACUUUGCAACCAUCCCAACUAUACGUUGCUCGCAAGGCCCGACCUCUUCCAUUGUCGUGCUUACCAAAGUUCAUGUCGGUUGCCAUCAUGAUCUCACUUUCUCGUUGGUCCGUUCCGAAAGAGACUUUGUCCGUUGCUGUCUUUUUCGGCAGUAGAGGCGGACCAAACACGAUUAUUUCAUAA